UAUUAUAAGACAACCAACCAACAAUCCAUGUCUAGCGUUGCAUUCUCAAGCUGAGCCAACUCUAUUAUCCUUCGAAUCAUAAUAGUCACUUCCCCAUACUGCGUUGUUUUAUCUCCACAGAGUCUGCCGCAGCGCUCUCGCCAAACCAUACUUACUACCAAGUUCCAAACCAUAGUACCAACCAUGGCUGGGUGCUUCUUACCCUUUAAUUGUCCAGCAACCAACAUCAGAUUAGCCUCAUAGUUUGCAAGCUGAGGACAUCACAUAGUGAUCAUUUGCAGACACCCUUUCAGUACAUUGUACGUGUAAGGACACUAGAAGAAUAAAUGGUCCUUGUUUUCAAUGCAAGCUGAGCAGAAUAAGCAGUUAUCAUCCUAUACUUUCCCCCAACUUUUCAACUGAUCCAGUGUAGUGAUCCUAUUACGAGUCACUAGCCAACUCAAAAAACUGUGUUGAGGAAUUGAAUAAAGCCCCCAGACAAGCUGAAACCAGGGGACUACUGGUCUAGACGAAUGCAUGUCCUUCCAUACUUGCUUUAUUGAGUAGCACAACACCUUUCGUCAUUCUAGUAGAAUUGUGUUCCCCAACAACGAAAGAAGUCUUCCACCUUGUCCCGAACCUUUAGUAAUCGUUUCCAUAUCCAAGAGGAUGAACUCCAUGCUAUGACUUCCCAUAAAGUAAGAUUCUUGAUUCGAUAUAAGUUAUUCCAAGCAACCCAACAAGAUGCUCCUUUAGCAAGCAGAUCCCAAAUAUGUCUCGUGGUGCAGGCUAUGUUCCAUGUUUUUAAACAUCGAAUGCCAAGUUCUCCUUCUUGUUUUGGGAUUGUUAAUAAAUCCCAAGCCAUUACUGCUUUUCUUCUGAUUGACUCAUCAUCAAUACCCCCAUAUAAAUUUGCAGCACUUUUGUUCGAUCUCCUUUAUUAUAGACAAAGGUAGUAGAAACACAUUCAUCCAGAAGUAUGAUAGGCUAACAAAAGAUUUUACAAGCAAGUGGAUGACUAGGACCGGUACAUUUUGUAAAAGGGGCAUUAUUUGAUUAAACUUGGACCGAUCAAGGAUUAUUGGAAGGGAAAUGAGAGCCCUUCUCCGCAAGGGAGCUCCCUUGGACAAAUAAAUUAACAAUGCCACAAGCCCAUUCUUCUUUUACCCAGAUGGAAAGAAUUGGUGUGGGAACUAAAAGGAGAAGCUUGGUGGCGACUGGCGAGCGGAAUUGGACUUGGAUCGAGAGAGGAAUCAAGGAGAGAGCGGGGCGGAAUAAGCGGAGUGGCCUGGGGGAAUUAAUGGGACGCGAAAGCAGUCAAGGGGAGCAACGCUAGAUUUGGAGGCGGACUGAUUUUUUGGAGCAGAGUCAACGAAGUUGAGACCUUAAUUGGAUCAGCAUAAGAGAAUUGACAACUUUCUAGCGGAGCUCAAGAAGUCAAAGUGCUUGAUACGUUCGAGAAUUGGGACAGACAAAGUUUGAAUAGGGCGUCGGGUACCACUAAACUCUAUUAUUUGUGCACCCGGUACCACUUAAGUUUAAUGUUAGGUGCAUUCCGUUAAAGUCAAGAAUAUUUUGUUUUCUAAAUUUCUUAAUUGGUCCUUCUACUUUUCUAAUCGUAAAAAAUCAUUUUGACUUAUGAAAAACAUCAUUUUUUAUUAUUUAGUUGGUAUCCUCUUUUGAAAACUUGAUACCAAAUUAAUUUUUGAAUAGAAAAAUUAGAAUCAACUAUCAUUAUAAGUAUUUUCAAUUAUCAUUAUGUUUUCUAAUAAUUGAAUUAUUCUCUAAAGCAAAUAUAUCCUAUGAAUUCUGUUUAGUUGGAAUCCUCUUUUGAAUACUUUGAUACCAAACCAAUUUUUGAAUAGGAAAUGUAGAAUCAAUUAUCAAUUGUAAGUAUUUUCAAUUCUCAUUAUAUGUUAUAAUAAUUAAAUAAUUUGCUGAAGCAAAUAUAUCCUAUGAAUUCUAUAUCGAUAUAAAUAAUCUGAGGAUGCUAUAUUUAAUUCUCGUACAUCAUGCUAAUGUUGCAUAGUUUUCUAUGUUAAAUACCUUAUAAUUCUCUAAUAUUAUAUUUUAGAUGUUCCAUAUUAAUUAAAUUUACUAUAAUUCUCUUCCUAUAGUCGUAUUUUCUUUUUUAGAUUUGUUACAGAAUGUUGUAGAUUUUAUUUAUUUAUUACUUGGUUACUUCUGUUCUCUUUUUGUUCUAAAUUUUUUUCAAUUUAUCCUUCUUUGGUCUUGAUGUAUUGAUGAUCGAUUAAGUUCUAUUUUAACUAUUUUUAAUAGUACUUCUAAUUGGAUUAGCGAUUUAAAUAGAUCUUCUAAUAUUGAUUUUAAAUAUUUAUUAUAUUCUAUAUAUUUAUUCUUCUUCUUGAUAUUUGUUUAUUAUUUUUACUAAUUUAUCUAUUUUAUUGACAAUUUUGAUUAGCCACUUUAGAAAUACUAUGUUUAGAAGGUUUUUUUAAUUUCUAUAUUAAAUAAAAACUUGUUGAAAUAUAGUUUUGGAUGUUUUUAAAACUUUUGGGUACCAAAAAUUAAUUGAAAUUUUGGGUUGGAUGAAAAACUAGACGGAUGCACAUUUUGGUGAAUUUAAUGGUACCCGACGCCCUAUUCAAACUUAAGUGGUAUGUCUGCCCCAAUUCUCAAACUUAAGUGGUACUCGAGGUAUUUUACCCUUUGACUUCCUCUUCAUAUUUUUCUUUGAUUAGUGCAAGAACAUGAUUGCUUAUUUUAUUUUCAUCAUGAACUAAAUCGAAUUUCUAGGGGAAACACCAUAGAAUGUAGCUAUUUCUAUACUUGAUGUAUUGAUUCGUAUUUCUUUUCCUGCAAUAUCUAUUGCAUGAAAUUACUUAAUUCAUCGUGUUGAUUGACCACCAAUACAUUGAUUUGUAAUGAAUUAGGUGAUUAGCAACAAUGAAACGUUAAUGACUAAACAUAUAUUUCAUGUGACAUAGUAACUUAUUGAAGCGACGGUAGAUUAAAUAAGGUGCUAUGCGGUCUUAAAUAGGAUAUCGGGCAUAGAUAUUGUUAAUUCAUUGAGCUACGACAAUAGGAUUUGAAUUGAUUGUUUAGUACGUACUAAUUCCCGACAGGGAUAGCUAGCACAUUAGUGAUAUCUUGGCUAUAGAGAAUUGGAUUAAACUGAUUAUAAGUCGUGAAUUAAUUUUGAUAUGAUAGGUAGUGAAUCCCGGUGUUUCUCCCAGAACAUUCUCCAUUGAAUUUCUCCUGACAGUUUUCAUUUGCUUAGUUAGUGUUUGUGCCUGGUUUGUCCCAGGCUUUUCGUGAGGCUUCACUGGCUUCGUGCGGUCCGGGCGGAUGAACGGCGGUCCUCGAAAUCCUGCAAGAAAGGUCCACAGGGGUGUCCUGGGACCUCCUCCGAUGCCUAAGUUAGAGAGAGAAGUGAUGUGGAGUAAAUAAGAGAGAGAAUGUAGUUGAUAGGAGUUACCAUAAAUGUGACCUGUAGGGGGAUAUUUAUACUAGCUGGACAUGGGAGUGAGGACAACUUUCGUUAUGUCGGGCGUCCCUGGGACGCUUCUGGCUUUUAAUAAAUGCAUGGCCAGACCUGCGCUUUGGUCAGUAUCCGUACUUUGUUGUCAGGGCGCCGUACAUGCUUGCUGUCGGGCGCCCUGCUUUGCUUCCGUUGUAUGUCGGGCGGUCUUUUAUGGGGCUAGAGGUAGACUGCCUUCCAGUCACCUGCUUGGGCUUUGUUAGCUUUAUUGGGAUUUUUAGUGAUCAUGGGCUUGGAGGCCCAUUCGUCUUAAUGAUUACCCCAACAUUUGCCCCUUAGGCAUGAGAGGCUUUAGGCUCGCGCGACUAACUAAUUGCCUGAGUAUCAUUGAGCGGUUAGGGGUCGACUUGCCCAUGAUUCCCCGCUUUGCCCCUUGUCGUGUGUGAAUGAAGUGGGAACGCCUGAGGGGCGGUUUUAAGGCGUGUGCGCCUUUCUUUGUGACUGUGCAACUGCCACGUGUCGUGCAUCGAUAUUGGCGCUCUGACGCGAGGAGGCGAAACGUCAUCCUCGGGUCUGGAGCUUCGACUUUCGUUUAAAUGGCCAAGGGGGAGAUUUUUUCCGCCAUUUUUGCUUCCUCUUUCGGAAAAUACUUUGUCUUCUUCUCUUCCUCCUCCGCGACAGAGUCGGCGCUCCUCUCCUUGUCGAGCUUUAUAAACCCGAACUAGCCCAGGUAAAUUUUGUUAGCUCGUGUGUAUUGCACUCUCGUUUCUUCCCUAUUCUCAUUCUGACUUUGUGUUUGACUUCGAUCUUCGAGCGAUCGCGCCGACCGCGCGGCGUUUGGUUGCUUGAAUCUCUCUUUCGCGGCGGAUACGACGUUCGCUUUUACUGUUCCCGAAGAUGUCGAGCGAUGAUCGUACCGCUUCCGUCGCCGCGGGGAGAAAUGGUGCCGCCGCCGCCAACGAGGCCUCCCUCGCAAACACAGUCUCGGAGACGAUCCCCGAGAAGACCCAGGCCGCUUCGAGGGUUCCGUUGUCACCGCCUGGUGUUGCGAAGAAGAACGCGGGACCCUCUGGAGGAGCCGCCUCAGUAUCUCAAGGAUUGCGGGAUCUUGCGGCCGCCAACCGCCCCAAGGCAAAGAAGAAGGCGGUGAAGGUAGUGAGGACUGGUUCCACACCUUCACCGGACACUAUUGUGGGGGACACGGUCCCUGUGACCACCUCGAUGGCGGCUCCAAGUGUGCUGGUGGAGACGACCGCUGCGUCCAUUCCUGUGCCGAGGGCCGCUGGGAAGAGGCCGCUGGAGGCGAAUGUUCCUGCGGCGGCCACCAAGCAUGCAAGAGCGGGAGCAUCCCCAGCCAAGGCGGGAGGUCAUCGCGGGAAGACCGCCCGUCCUUCUGAACAGCCAAGUUCCGUGGAGGUGUCGCCUUUGGCCGCCACUGACACAAAGGCUGCCGAGCUAGCCUUCCACACGGUCAGCGACCGCCUCGUCAUGCCUUCGGAGUACACUUCUUCUUCGGGAGGGUGUAACCGAAGGCUUGCUGGGAUCGCCUCCCAGUUUUUCUUCUCGGCUCAAAUCGGGUUCUCCCAAAUCAUCAUGUUGAAUGACCGCCUAUCGAAGACCGUGGACGAGAAAAUGGUGGAGAUUGCUAAGUUGAAGAAGAGCCUGACUGAUGAGCGUGCUAAGCUGAAGGAAGAGGUGCGGUCGGAGCUGGAGCGCGGUUUCGAGGAGAAGCUGUCAAAGCAAAGGGAGGAGUUGGUGGCAGAGAAGAGGGCUUGCCAGGCGGUCAUUAAGGAGCGGGAUGGGCUACAAGUAAAGCUUCAACAAUCGAAGGAGAUUGAGAAGACCUUGUUAGAGCAGCAGGAGUCGCUCAGCAAAGAGGUGGCUGCUCUCAAACUGGAUAAGACCGCCUUGACGGAGAACUGCGAGGCGGAUUUGGCAGCCGCUCGUGCCAAGGCCGGUCCUGCCUACGUGGCAUCGGCCGAGUUCCAGGCAUUGGAUAAAGCAAAGUACCAGAAGAUCGUUGGCGAUGUCGUGGCCGCCAUCCGUCAUUUAUUUCGUCAAGAGGCUCCCGAUGUGGUUUGGGACGCCAAUCUAGUGUGGGACACGGUUGGCGGUUGGACCGAUGCUGACGUGAAUUCCGAGGCCGACGAUGGUGAAGAGGAAGAAGGAGGGGACACAGUGGAGGACGGUGAGGGGAGCGAGAGAUCGCCCAGCGUGUGAGAUGCUCUUUGUUAAUUUAUGUUAUGCUUGUCUUUUGAUGAGCGGUCUGUUGGUGGUAUCUUAUUGAGGGAUAAACUAUGACCUCCUCU